AUGCGUGGUCCUGGCUCGCAAGCAUGGAGACGCUUCGCUGCAACUGUGGACGAUAUACUCGCCGCCCAGGGACAAACGCAGUCAUUGACCACAGACGAGGCCCACGAGCUGCAAAUCCUCAGUGCCCACUCACACGAUCCAAAUUUCCCCAUCGCUGGUCUGGAGCGUCUGGAUGCAUUCCUUGCCAAGGAAGCUCUCUUUCAGAGUCCGGAGCAACACCGGCAAAAGAUUGGCGAAGCUAAGAUUGAAGAUCUUGCUUCUCACAUCAAAUAG